ACACUUAAGUAGAAAUAACUAAAUUAACAUAACAGAAACAAUUGAGAUCUUAUCCUGGCGUUAUGAGACUUAUAUAUCUUAUCCAUAUGUGUGAUGUUAAACAAUCCUGAUUCUUUAAAGCAUUAGUCACUAUGUGAAAUGCAUAAUCCAUUCAACAAUUUGUACUUAAACCAACAAAGAUAGAUCUGCAGUGAAACACUGUAUAAGAUAAAAAAUAAUAAUCAUAAAUAAUAACACGUUUUUAUCUAAGAUAUUAAGUGAUACAAUCAUUGAAAGUGACAAUGAAUGAAACAUCAUUUACAGCAGCAGCAACAGCAUCAAGAACAAUAUCUACACAAUUAACAAAUGGAAAUGCAUCACACAGUCUACUAUCACAAGGGUAUACAGAAUUGCUUAAUCUGUGUACAUCAUUGCUUAUGAUAAACAGUGUCAUUACACCAAUCAAUCAAACCAAUCCAACAAAUUGGACUGGUAAAAUCAAUGUAAAAGCUAAUUUAUCAAAUUCAUCUAACAAUUAUAAAUUUGAUCAGUUAUCAUUACUGCAAGUGCAGACGUCAAAUAUGUAUACGACAACAUCACCAACUGGAAUAAAUCAACCUGAAAAUUCAACUUCAAUGUUUUCAGGCAAAGCAGAGUUAUCAUCACAUCGUAUACCAAGCAUGCAUAAUUUUCUAAUAUGCAUUUAUUCAUUAUUUAUUAUAUGCGGUGCAACAUUCAACUUGACUUUAAUAUUCGCCUUAUUAAAAUUUCGGAAACAAACUUUAUCACAAAAUAUAACAAAUUUAUUUGUAUUAUGCCUGGCUGUUUCAGAUGUCUUCUUAUGUUCUGUUAGUAUGCCAAUCCAAUUGUAUUAUGAGAUAACUGAGAAUUAUAAGCCAAGUACAGAUUUCUGUCGAGUAUUAUUUAGUAGUUUUGGUAUACCAAUGUAUAUAUCAUGUUUAACUAUUUUAUUAAUUGCAUUCGACAGAUAUCGUUUAAUUGUCUAUCCAUUGAAAACACAAUUAACACCGAAAGCUGCUCUUGGUUUAAUCAGUAUUGUAAUUGUAUUUAGUGUAGUGAAUUCAAUUCCAGUGGCAAUACAAAUCAGUACUGAGGGUACCGAUGAUUAUCUUUAUUGUGUUGAAACAUGGCCAAGUGCAAAGUUAAGAUUUGCAUAUUCUGUAUCAAUCUUUGUUAUAUUAGUUCUUUUACCGUUAAGUGCAUCAGGUGGAUUUUACUUAGCUAUAUACAGACGUCUAAAACAACGACCAUGUCAAUUGAAUGCAAGUAAAGAAGCUGAAAAAAGAAAAAAGCGUACAACCAGUCUAUUAGUGGUAACAGUUGUCUGUUUUGCUGCCUGUUGGACACCAUGGUGUUUAUAUUCUUUACUGUUAGAAGUACAAGCAUUAUUAAAUGCUGAAAAUGAUUUAUCCUCAAUAAACAGAUUUGGAUUAUCAAACGAUGAACUGCGUGUACUUUCAGAUCGUUUUAAAAAGUGUCAAGAACUUAUUUUUUCUAAAAUGAAUCAACCAUACUUUUUACCAAUGCCUCCUAAUCUUAUUUCACCUACAGUGGAACUUAUUCCGGGGAAACAUUUAAAAAUUAUUGAUCUUUUAUUAAAAUUAUUUGCUAUGGGAUCAGCAUGUGUCAAUCCACUGUUAUAUGGUUGGUUGAAUGAACCUAUACGCAUAGUGAUGAGAAGACAGUAUAGUCGAUUUGAAGAGUGUUUCAAACCAGGCCAAAGCAACAAACACAAUAUUAAUAAUAGUACCAGUUACGUGAACGCUAACAGACAAAAAUUAUGCUCUAAACCGAUCACUGGGAGCAAAUCAACAAAAUUUUUAACACCUCCAACAUUAGUCAAGUCAAUUUCAGAUUACAAUACACGACCUAAAUUAAUCGUUGAAAAACCGACCGGUGGUAGACAAGUGAAUUCACAAGACACCAGAUCGGCUAGUUAUACUGAAGGAGUUGCCGAUGAAUACAGAAAGUUGGAGAGAUUUGAAAAUACUUUUGCCUCUGACAAUAAUAUUAUUAAUGAUGACAAUAUUACAAAUAAGAAAAGCUCAUGCGAAUUAAUUCUACCCAAAAUAGAAAUUAACGUUAAAGACAAACAGACAAGCAAUCAUUAUGAUAUGAUAGACAAAAUAUGAAUGAUAAAAAAUUUGUACCAUAUGUGGAAAUAUUUAACGUAUCAAAGAUACCAUCAGGUUUAACAUUUGAACCGCAUAAUCCAAUACAGAAACGCGCAUAUAUAUACACAAAUAUAUAUUUAUACGCUCACAAAACCUGACAGUCAUUCCAAACUGUGAACAAACAGAAAUAACUUUCACCAUUAAUUUUGUUUGUUUUUUUUUUGUUACGAAUUCAAACACAUACUACUAAAUUUAUUCAUAAUUAACUUGAGAAUUGUCAAGUUUUUCAAUGCCUUCAAAUGCUUAAAAGACGACGAGUGCAUACAAAAAUGUACUAAAAAUAUGAGUUUCACAAGAACCAAAAAUAAUAAUCUUGUAAACAUGAAAACUAGUAAGUAUUAAAAUAAAUUAAUUUCAC